ACGUGAGUCUCAGCAGUGACUUCAUCUCAGGCUUCUGUGGUGAAACUGAGGACGACCACCAGCAGACUUUGUCUCUAAUCAGAGAGGUGGGCUACAAUGUGGGAUUCCUUUUUGCUUACAGUAUGAGAAAGAAGACGCAUGCCUUCCACCGGCUCCAAGAUGACGUCCCAGUGGAGGUGAAGCAGCGAAGGCUGGAGGAGUGCAUCACCGUGUUCAGAGAAGAAGCUGAAAGGGUCAACGCUGCUCUCAUUGGCAGUACACAGCUUGUGCUGGUGGAGGGAGAAAGUAAAAGAUCUGCCGAGGACCUGUGUGGAAGAACUGAUGGCAACAUGAAAGUGAUUUUCGCCAAAGAGGAUGUUCAUGUUCAGCCUACAGCAUUCAGCACUGUACCCAUCAGUGCUGGAGACUAUGUGCUGGUGAAGAUCUUGUCUGCCAACUCCCAGAGUCUGAGAGGUCGAGCUCUCAGUCUCAGCUCCCUGAGAGCCAGAGAAGUGCGCUGUAGGACUCCACCUGAGGACCAGCGUGAUGAACAUGUAGCUCAAACUCAACCGUGACUUAAACAUGUCACUGAUUGAUGGACACGGAUGAUACCACAUCGAACAGACUGCUACAUUUCCUUCAUCACUUGUUUGACGUUUUUGACAAAUGGAGGAUGCUUUCAGGUGGACUGUUGCAACAAGCUGUGAAAGUUUCACUUGUAAACAUUGAACUACGGAAGUUUAUUAAAAGCUGUUUGAACGAUG